AUAGUCUCGUUAAACCAGACCGCUCGGUUUACGUUUACCGGAUUACGCCUGGUUAGACGAGACUUAUCAGCUGAUGGUCAUAGCGCCUUUCUUGUCGAAAAGAUGAAGCUUGUUAUCUUAGACGACUACUCACAAGUUUCAGAAUGGGCAGCAAAGUAUGUCCGCAGAAGGAUCAUAGAUUUUAAUCCAGGACCAAACCGAUAUUUUACCUUAGGCUUGCCAACUGGAAGCACACCUUUAGGAAUGUACAAAAAGUUAAUAGAAUUUCACAAACAAAAUCUGAUUUCUUUUCGAUAUGUGAAAACAUUUAAUAUGGAUGAAUAUGUUGGUCUUGCACAGGAUCACCUCGAGAGUUACCAUUCUUUUAUGUGGAAUAAUUUCUUUAAGCAUAUCGAUAUAAAUCCAGAAAAUGCUCAUAUCUUAGAUGGUAAUGCUCCCAAUCUUGAAGCGGAAUGUGCGAGUUUUGAAAAGAAAAUUAAGGAAGCUGGUGGCAUUGAACUGUUUAUUGGCGGUAUAGGACCAGACGGACACAUUGCCUUUAACGAACCUGGCUCAAGUUUGGUGUCCAGAACUAGAGUGAAAACUUUAGCUCAAGAUACUAUUAUAGCCAAUGCUCGUUUUUUCGGUGGUGACGUGUCAAAGGUUCCAACUGAAGCUUUAACUGUUGGUGUUGGAACUGUAAUGGAUGCCAAUGAAGUAAUGAUUCUAAUAACAGGAGCUCACAAAGCAUUUGCCCUGCAUAAGGCCAUAGAGGAUGGCAUCAACCACAUGUGGACAGUCUCAGCAUUCCAGCAACAUCCUAGAACUAUCUUCAUUUGCGAUGAAGAUGCUACACUGGAGUUGAAAGUGAAAACUGUCAAAUAUUUCAAGAGUUUGAUGCAUGUCCAUAAUAAACUUAAAGAUGAUCCACAAUAAAUUUGGAUAUUCUUCAGACAAUUCAUGUAAAACUCCACUUUAAUAUACACCUAUUCCUUAGUUUAGCAUUUAGAACUAUAAAUAGUUUAUAACCCAAGAAUUUGUUUGCCUCGAGCAAUAAUCUUAUAUAAUAUUUUAAUACCAACCAUUUACUACUUGUUUUAUGAUACCAGUUGUAUUUAUUUUGAGGUAGGGUACUUUGCAUAGAAUGUGUUUUUGUAUGUUUUGAUUGUAACAUAAAAUGUUAUUGAUUGUAACAUAUAAUGUUAUUGCUCAACAGAGCAACUAUUCUGAUGGUUUAUAGGUGCUCUAUAAUAUUUUAUAUCACAUUAUUAUACUGUAUAAUUUGACUUUACAUAAUAUAAGUAUUUACAAUACUGUA